CAAAGCUACACGGCCAAGGUGCGGCGGCUGCUUUAUAUGACUGAGUUCAUCCUACUCAUGAACUACGUUGAGGUCAUAAUUCCGCUUGUGUACUCAUUUUACUUGGUUGCAACGUACCAUAUGCCCAAUCAGGAAUACUACACCGUCUUUUACGGGAUGGGUCGCGCUCAACUGUACCAAACGCUCAAGAACGUGCUGCUGAACGGCUUGCUCCAGCUCGCCUCGCUGCUCUUGCUAAUGUAUAAACUGAAAUUCACGCUGGGCUUAGCACCACUCCACCAGUUGGGCUUCGUCUUGGAAAAACAAAUGCAGGGGGUGCAAGUUCACCUCAUGUUCUGGAUAAUGUACAAUGUCCAGGGAACGCUGGAGCACUACGGCAACGACUACACGUUCAAGUUUGCGUGGUUA